AUUUACAGUAGGUUGUGAGCGGAUCAAGUGUAUCCGUUCAGAUUAAAGCUGGAUCUUACUGUAACUAAAACCGUUUUCGAGCUGGAUUUUUUAUAAUUAGAAGCUAUUUUGUGCGAUUUUUUUAUAGUUAUUCCUCGGUGGAACGCUUUAAUUCGUCUUUUUCCAUCUGCUGAAGCUGAACAUCAAGGAAAAAGAUGUCUUCGGACGAAGACAGAGCGAAGGAGAUUCUGAAGGGGUUUAAACUAAACUGGAUGAAUCUUCGAGAUGCUGAGACAGGGAAGGUUCUCUGGCAGGGGACCGAAGACCUCUCUCUUCCUGGGGUAGAACACGAAGCUCGAGUUCCUAAGAAGAUCCUCAAAUGUAAAGCUGUCUCCAGAGAGCUGAAUUUCUCUUCAGUAGAAAAACUGGAAAAAUUCAGACUGGAGCAGAAAGUUUACUUUAAAGGCCAGUGCCUAGAAGAGUGGUUUUUUGAGUUUGGCUUUGUGAUUCCUAAUUCAACAAACACAUGGCAGUCUUUGAUAGAAGCCGCACCAGAGUCACAGAUGAUGCCUGCAAAUGUCUUAACUGGUAAUGUUGUUAUAGAGACCAAGUUUUUUGAUGACGACCUUCAUGUCAGCACAUCCCGGGUACGACUCUUCUAUGUCUGAGACAUGGUACCUUUCUUCCUCUUUUUUUUUCUUUUUUUUUUUUUUUUUUUUUUACUGUCACUCCGGAGGAUGGACCCAUCACUACAAGAGAGGAGAUGCUCGUCAUAUUGAGUAUUUCUUCUAAGAUGCUGUAAAAACGGCAUGAAAGGGAUUAUUUCAAUAAAACCCAGUUUUGACACAAACGGUCACACCAGUUUUAUGGCAGAAAAAGACUUGUACAUAAGAGCUCUCAUGCUCAUGACUACCUGGUUGUGUAAAAUACCUGUUUGUAUAUGUUCUUUUUCUUCUUCUAUAAUUCAAUCCUGCAAUGUACACUGCUUCCUUUUCAGCUCUUUUUAAAAGGUUUUCUCCCAGUCUGUGGUCAUUCAUGGUCUUUUUUUUAGUUAAACUGUAAGAUAGGCUGUGUUUUAAAAAUAAAUGAUGUAAUUAAUUAA